UGCACUGUUUUGAGGGAGCGACGGUGGAUUUACCAUAACGUUUGCUGCGACAUGUUGUGUCCCGAAGAUUUGAGCAAGCUUUGGCUGAGAUAAUUCAGGCCUGCAGGUUUGAUUGCCCUAGAUUUGGCCCCAUGGCGUUCAGUUGUUUCUUUGGUUUGGACCAUUUGGGGGAUCGUAACACGGGAUCAGUCGCAACAUUCAUUGUAGCACAUUCAAACGGUUAGUGGUGGCAGGCACCGAGGAUCGACUUGCUGCCACCGCUGCGAAGUCAUGGCUUGCUUGGACUUUGCAAGAUCAGGGGGGAAGGCACGAGAGAGCUCGGGAGGGAGGGUUGAGCACUUGGAGAGCCAUGUUGAUGAUGGACGCGUCACGUUUUCUUUCUCGGUUCGCUGAACGACAGCGCCACUCGCUGGUUGAAUGCGAUACAUUUCGGAGUUUUAAUUUUCUUUCCUAUUCCUCUCUAGCUAUUACGAUCCCUGUACCGGAAUCCAGAUUGGAGUCUAUCUGCUGCAACGAGGGUGGCAGUACUUGCAGCCGUGUGAUCUCUUUCGCCUCAUCACUAGGCCGCACCAUAAUACAUCCAGAUCUCCGCUUUGAGUGCACUUUGCAGGUACUUUCCACAGCGUUGAUUGAUGGGAUUCAAUCAAAGGAUUCUUCAAAUUUUCUGUUUCUUUCAACUUCUUUGACUGCUCUCAGGGAUCAGUGGCUAGAGAAACAAGCUGUCAUCGUACUCGUUUGCCCAGCUCGAUUUCUAUUUCUACUUUCUGUCUGAGGUCCCCACUUAUUCUGACUCGUGAUACUAAU